AUGCAACAGGAGGUUCGCCGCGCCGGUCCCUCUACUGAGCAAUUAGCGCUUUUGGAGCUUCUGGCACAGCAACAGCUGCAGCAGCCGCAGCAGCAGCAGCCGCAGCAGCCGCAGCAGCAGCAGCAGCAGCAGCAGCAGCAGCAGCAGCAGCAGCAGCAGCAGCAGCAGCAGCAGCAGCAGCAGCAGCAGCAGCAGCAGCAGCAGCAGCAGCAGCAGCAGCAGCAGCAGCAGCAGCAGCAGCAGCAGCAGCAGAAGCAGCAGCAGCAGCAGCAGCAGCAGCAGCAGCAGCAGCAGCAGCAGCAGCAGCAGCAGCAGCAGCAGCAGCAGCAGCAGCAGCAGCAGCAACAACAAGAGCAGAUUCCCCCGGGAGUGCUUCUGGCGCUUCUUCAGCAGACCCUUCUAGGAGCCUCCAGACCUCGUGGGCCCGUCAACCAGGGCCCCUUAAAUCAGGCCCCCUUGAAUCAGGGCCCCUUAAAUCAGGGCCCCAUAAAUCAGGGCCCCUUAAAUCAGGGCCCCAUCAGUCAGGGCCCCUUAAAUCAGGGCCCCAUCAGUCGGGGCCCCAUAAAUCAAGGCCCCAUAGAUCAAGGCCCCAUCAGCCAGGGGCAGCUUGGGGUUGCGGCUGAGUCGACUCAAAAGUCAUCUGGUUACAGGCAUGCUGCUGCUGCUACUCCAGCAAUGGACGGUGCUUUGGGGCGCGGGCCCCAGGAGACGGCCACCAGUGCCGACAGCAGCAACGCUGCUGCCACUCGGUUCAUGCCACGUGCUGGAGCAAGUUCUGCUUCUGCUCCUGCUGGUACCGUACUUGCUGCUGCGGCAGCGACUGUUGGUGGUGCUACGGCAUCUGCUGCUGCUGCUGCUGCUGCUGCUGCUGCUGCUUUGGUCGCCCCAGCAGCGGUUGGAGAGAACAGGUUCAGAUUGGGCAACGAGGAAGGAAAGAGGGCAGAAGAAGAACGGGGGAUGAGGGGAGAGGGGCGAGAGCGGGACGCCAAUGUGAGCUUCCGGGCAGUGGAUUUUUUCGUCUUGUCUCCGCCCCCGUCUUCCCCCUUCCCCACUUGCACCACCAACGACGGCAAGAGGGGUGAAAAAACCGCGGAGCAUGAAGGAGAGGCGAUGGCGAGGCAAGAUCAGCUGAGGCAAGCGCUCCCCGCCAUGCUGCUUGGGCCGCGGCAGGACAUGGCGUCGAUGAUUGAAGCGGCCAUCCACCAUAUUGGCAAUCUCGAGUCCCGCAUCCAGGAAAUAGAGGUAGAUGGGGAUGGGGAUGGGGAUGGAGGGGAAAGGGGGUCUUUAAAGAAGGAAACUGUGACUGGAUGUGAGAUGCCUGGGAGCGGGCUUCGGGAUGUGAAGGCGGAGGAAAUGGAAGAGGAAAUGGAAGAAGACACGGAAGGCAGCUCUGAAAAUGAGGAAGAUGCAGACAACUAG